CAAAAUCGAAUUAUGUCCCCCUUCUCACAUCACCAACAUUAUUCUCAAAGAUUCCUCAUUCUCUUAAUUAUCCUCCUUUUCAGAGGGGUUCGUGUUUGGAGCACUACAUUCACAUUCGUGAACAAGUGUGAGCACACAGUGUGGCCGGGGGUUCUAGGAAAACCUGACCUAGGAACCACCGGCUUCGAGCUCAAAAAGGGUGAAACACGCACCUUCCAAGCACCACCGGCAUGGUCGGGGCGCUUCUGGGGCAGAACCGGUUGCGAUUUCGACGACUCCGGCCACGGAACCUGCGCCACCGGCGAUUGCGGCUCCGGCGAAAUCAACUGCAAUGGGAACGGCGCAGCGCCGGUGACUCUCGCUGAGUUCACGCUAGGUUCGGGUUCACCGGAUUACUACGACGUCAGCCUCGUCGACGGUUAUAACCUCCCGAUGAUGGUGGAAACGAGUGGCGGUUCUGGGUCGUGCGCCACCACGGGUUGCGGUGCGGACCUUAACCGGCGGUGUCCGUCGGAGUUGAGGGUGGACGGCGGCGACGCGUGUCAGAGCGCGUGUCACGCGUUUGAGAAACCUGAGUAUUGUUGCAGUGGUGAGUUUAACUCACCGUCGGCGUGUACGCCUUCAAUGUACUCGCAGAUUUUCAAGUCUGCGUGCCCCAAAUCUUAUAGCUAUGCGUUUGAUGAUGCCACCAGCACGUUUACUUGCACCGGUGCCGAUUACACCCUCACAUUUUGUCCUUCUUCCUCUCCAAGUUUGAAGUCAUUAAUGGAGUCGGGGCCAGGAUCAUCGGUUGAGCAAGCUGCAGUAGCAACUACUUCGUGGAUAGCCAAUUUGGCCACAGGAGGCUCCACCACUACCCAACCAUUUUCAGCUUCCAAGUCUGCAUUCUUUGUGGCUGUCACUUUCAUUCUUUCCUAUUUAGUCUCUUAG